AUUGAAUUCUCAAAAUAAUCUUAAAGGCUGUUGUUGUUUUCCUUAUAGCUGAAACAAUUGAAGCCCCAAGAUGCACUGCUGGAAAUGGUAAAGCUGGAUGAAGAAAUUGAAAUCCAGAUUAUUUGAACUAGAUACUAUCUUAAUGGUGGAACCAGGGUACGCAGUUGGACGUUGACGGCGUCACUUCAGAAUCUAUACUUGUGUCUACUACGUUGUACAGAUCCUUCAAUAAGCUCCAAAAUAUGAGUCGUGGGUAUCCAGAAAACAAUAAUUUCCUGAAUAAUAAUAACCAAAUGGUAUUAGAUAUGAUCCUUUAUCCAUUAAUUGGAGUCCCUCAGACCAUCAACUGGGAAGCUGUGGCAAGACUUGUACCUGGACUAACAUCCAAAGAGUGUGCAAAAAGGUUUGAUGAGCUGAAGAGCAGCGGAAGCUCACCUGUUGACAACCAGUACAACCCCUUAAUGGCGGCUGGGGAGGGUCCUGUGGAGUCUUUAGCCACUUACAUUAAAUCUUCACUUCUGGAAACACAAGGAGAUUUUCAAGAGACUCCAGUUGAUCAAGAUACAGUUUCCAAAGCAGGGAGACAUAGCAUAGCUUCCACAAGGAAUUGUUCUUCAGAAAGUGAAAAUUGCGCUACUCGUAACGCUGGAGAAAUGACUGAAGAACCUGGAGGGCCAAACAUGGUGAUCCACGUAUGUGAUGAAGCAAAAAGCUUGAAAGAAGAUUUUAUUUGUCCACGAGAUCUUUUAAUAUCAGAAAUGAAGUACUUUGCUGAAUAUUUAUCUAUGGAUGCCCAGCGCUGGGAAGAGGUGGACAUUUCUGUUCAUUGUGAUGUUCAUAUUUUCAACUGGCUGAUAAAAUAUGUCAAAAGGAACACUAAGGAGAAUAAGGAUUGUGAGAUUCCCACUUUAGAGCCAGGAAAUGUCAUUUCAAUUCUCAUUUCUUCAGAAUUCCUGAAGAUGGAUUCAUUAGUUGAACAAUGUAUUCAGUAUUGCCACAGAAAUAUGAAUGCCAUAGUAGCUGCCCCAUGUAACAUGAAUUGUAUCAAUGCAAACCUCCUCACACGCAUAGCUGAUCUGUUCACACACAAUGAAAUUGAUGACUUAAAGGACAAAAAAGAUAAAUUUAGGAGUAAACUUUUUUGUAAGAAGAUUGAAAGACUGUUUGAUCCUGAGUACGUCAAUCCAGAUUCUCGAAACAAUGCAGCAACAUUAUACAGGUGUUGUUUGUGUAAGAAACUGUUAACCAGAGAAACGGAGAGGAGAAUCCCUUGCAUCCCUGGAAAAAUCAAUGUGGACCGACAUGGAAAUAUUAUCUAUGUCCACAUAAGAGAUAAAACCUGGGACGUACAUGAGUAUUUGAACAGUCUUUUUGAAGAAUUAAAAUCUUGGAGAGAUGUGUAUUGGCGCUUGUGGGGAACGCUCAACUGGCUGACUUGUUCCAGGUGUUGCCAGGCUUUUCUCUGCACUGAGUUCUCCCACUGUCAGUACCACUCGGAAGUGGUGGUUUAUUCCACCACCUUGAGCCCCCUGAGCUCGGUGGGCACGGGCGUCUACCCCUGCUGUAACCAGAAGGUUCUUCGGUUCGAUCCCACUCAGCUCACAAAGGGCUGUAAGGUGAGGGACCACAUGGUUAUUCUUCAUGAUCAAGGAGAAAGUGAUGAUGCAUCGUCUUGUCCGACUACUAGAAUACUGGACGAUCUAUACAAGCACAGGGAUGUCAUUCUUGUGCCUUUUCUUAAAGAUGCGGCUAGUGAUCCUGGGGCUGGCUCCUGUGAUGAGAAGGGCCUGGAAUAUGAUGUUCUACUGGAACCAAAUACACCAUGGGGCCCCAAAAUGGGGGAGCUCAAUGCUUUCUUAUCACUGAAAAACUGGACGCUGCAGUUGAAACAGCAGUCGCUGUUCUCAGAAGAGGAAGAGUACACCACUGGAUCCGAGGUCACUGAGGAUGAAGUUGGUGAUGAAGAAGAAGUGACCAAGAAACAAAGGAAAAGGGAAAAGCCGAAGAAGUUCACUAAGCAGCCAAAAAAGCAGCUGUCUUCACCCUGCUCUCAAAAGAAAGAAAAGGCGCUGGAGAAGUCAACUUCUAGAGAUGUGUCUCCUUUCGUUGUGAGCAUACAGAAGAAUAAGUGGGACGCCACAAGAUCCUUGAGGUUCAACCAGGACGCACAAAGAGAAGAUGAUCAGCGGCGGAUGUCUGAAAUUACAGGGCAUCUAAUAAAAAUGAGAUUGGGUGACUUGGACCGAGUCAAAUCAAAGGAAUCAAAAGAAUUUGCAGGAGGUAUCUACUCUAGGCUUGAAGCUCAAGUCAAAGCCUCCGCGCCUGGCAGUGCCCGGCAGAACAGCGCAGACAAAAACCCCAGUUGUCACUAUGCUUUAAUCCACCCAGCCACCCAGGAUGAACACAGCCUCAUUGCCUAGAUUUGCAAGUUCCUACUUUCCCACCUUCUCCUCUUACUGGCCACAUCCCAGCUACCUGUUCUUCCCAAUGAGUAAGUGCAUUUUCACUUCUAUGUGAGCUAUUCCCGCAGUCUGCAAGGCUGUCUGAGAACCACAUUUGGGUUAGAUGUCACUGUCUCGUGGGGAUCCUUUCCACUGCCAGUGUAAACAACACUCCCAUCCUGUCAGAGUUUGCUUCUGCCAGUGUCUGACAUGUGUGUGGCGUCUCCCAGUGUAAAGCCUGAGCCCCAGUCUGACUACCUUAGUGUGUCACAGUGUACAGUGAUUAGAAGAUGACACCAAGCUGCGUCUCUCUGGAGGUCACCGUGGUUGUCCCAACAUGGCAGCAAUGUCCUUCGCCUCAUCUAGAUUCUCAUCAUCUCAGGAUGGGUCACUCAGAGUUCCCUGUAGACCCACACUGAGUUCUGCUAGAACCUGCCAAAAUCAGCUUAAGUUAUAAGCAGAGUGGCUGUCCACAUAAGCCACAGUUGUGACCAUGUGACCUCUCAACAGCUUCUACACGUGGGUGCUUGUGUGAUGAAUAGACAGGCGCCGUGGCAUUUUCAAGGAAGAGGCCGUGAACCUAUAGGCCUCUCUCAGUCUCACCACAGUGAUUAUUUAUGGAGCUUCCGUCUUCCUCCUUUGAGAUGGAGUCGCUCACUCACUUGGAGCUUGCCAUCUUUCUGGUCUAUGAGAGACCCAGCACUACAAUUCCAGGUAGACACAGCCAUAUUCAGAUGUUUAUAUGGGUUCCGGGGAUCUGAACUCAGGUCCUUGUGAUUGCUAAACAAGCCGUCGAGCUAAUCCACCAAAGUGAGCCUCAUGUGACUUUUUCAGACAGAGUUUCUCUGUGUAGCCCUAGCUGUCCUGGAACUAGCUCUGUAGACCAGGCUGGCCUUGAACUCACAGAGAUCUGACUUCCUCUGCCUCCUGAUUGCUGAGAUUAAAGGUGUGCUCCACAACCACCUAGCACAUACAAUCAUUUUCUACCCUUAUAUUUCAUCCACCUUUUUUUCUUACAUUUUUAUAAAAAUAAUAUGUAAAGUUUGGGAAGUGGGUCAGUUGGUACUUGAUGCAUAAGAAAAAAGAUCAGAGUUCAAUCCCCAGAAUCUGUGUAGAAAAACUAGGUAUGAUGUCGGGCUUGUGUUUGUAAUCUCAGCAACUGGGGAGACAGGGAAAGGCAAUUCCCCGGGACUCAAUAGCCAGUCAAGCCAGCCUUCUAUUGAGAGA